AUGGGUGGUGGUGAAAUCACGAAGCGGGGUAAGGGCCUCGUUCUUCUGGCCGUCAUACCGUUCCCAGAGGAUGCCGCAAAAGAAACGCUCGCGGAGAUAAGAGAAGAGUUUCCGGAUCUCGAAUACCACUACAUAUUUCAGAAGUUUGUGAUCAAUCAGAACAGCGCUCCAGGCGGUGAUGUGGACGUGCCUGCAGACCUUCUCAAACGCGUGAACGUCCUCGUCACCAUUUCUUGGCUCCCCAAAACGGCAGCAGAAGUACCCAACAUCAAGUUUAUCCAGUUCAUCUCAGCCGGCACAAACCAUGUGGCCAAGCACCCUAUCUACACAGACACAAAGAUUCCGCUCUGCAGCGCCAACGGAGUUCACGGUCCGCAGAUUGCCGAAUGGGUUGUUAUGAUGGAUCUAAUACACAACCACAAUUACAUCGAUCUGUACAAAAAGCAAGAAAACAAAGACUGGAAACACAACGGCGAACUGAGUUCAAGAGAUAACGUCGGCAAGACCGUUGGAAUCCUUGGAUAUGGCAGUAUUGGAAGGCAAGUCGCCCGUGUGGCGAAGGCAAUGGGCAUGAAGGUACUGGCCUACACGGCCUCGCCCCGCAAGACGCCCGAGUCGAAGCGCGACAACGGCUUCAUCGUACCAGGGACCGGCGAUGCCGAAGGAUCCUUCCCCAGCGCAUGGUAUAGCGGCCUGGACAAGGAGAGUCUGCACGAGUUUCUCAAGGUCAAGAUCGAUCUGCUGGUGCUGGCUGUGCCUUUGACCAAACAAACAACGCACUUCCUCUCCACCCAGGAAUUCGCUCUCCUCAACGCCUCCAAUCCCUCCGGCACCUACAUCGCGAACAUCGCCCGCGGCCAAGUCAUCGACCAAGCUGCCCUCAUCAAGGCCCUUGAGUCUAAGCAGAUCUCUGGCGCCGCGCUGGAUGUGACGGACCCAGAGCCGCUGCCCAAGGAUGACCCGCUGUGGGACGCGCCGAAUGUGCUGAUUACGCCGCAUGUCAGCGGUGUGACGGCGACGACUGGGGAGAGGAUCUUCCAGGUUGUGAGGGAGAAUUUGAGGCGGUUGAGGGAUGGGAGGGGUUUGGUUAAUGAGGUGGAUAGGGAGAAGGGGUAUUGA